ACGUGGCAGAACACCAAUUAUUUACCUUAAAAUUUAUUUUUAUGUUUUUGAUCUUCGUCUCUGGGAGGCUUCCAUCUUUUGGUUUCUAAUCACUUUUGGGCAGCAGAUUCUCUCUUUCUUCCCUCUCUCUCUCUCUCUCUCUCAUCUCAGUUCUACUCCCAACAUCGAAUCACAUGGCAAACAGGCACACCAUUGUUUUGAUGCAAACUUCGCAGAACAGAGCAACUAGAACGUUUAUGGAUUAUGAUUCCAUCAGUCAAGCUAUGGAUGGGAUAUGUGGGCUAUAUGAAAGGAAACUUAAGGAGCUAAAUCCAGCAACUCGAAACAUCACAUAUGACAUUGGUGAUCUUUACAAUUUUAUUGAUGGCCUUGCAGAUAUGAGUGCCCUCGUCUAUGAUCACACUAUUCAAGCUUUUUUGCCCUAUGACAGACAAUGGAUCAAACAGAAAGUAUUUCAGCACCUCAAGAAGUUGGCGCAUUAAAUCCUCUUAUGCUAAAUUUUCAGUGAAAUUGAAUUUAAUAGAAAGAGAAUGUGUAUCAGGUGCAGAAGACCUCAUCUGAUAAUUUGUGCUCUUUGUUCCCUCACUGUGCACAUAUAUUUGAUAACCAUUCUAGCUUUCGUCCGAGUUUCAGAUGCAUAGCAAAGGUGUUGUGUGGUCGAUGUUGUACUCUAAGCAAAAAUACUCUUCUUGUCUGUUUACCUUGUAUAAUCAUAUAAUAUUUGGUUGCCUGGUUGAAAACUCGUGAGUAUCUCAUCUAACCUAGCAUUUGGAUGAUUGUUA